AUGUCUUCAGAGGCAGGCCUCCAACAGUUCCGUGUCGGUUACGCUGAUGAGAUUAAGGACAUGCAGAAGAAGGAGGUCACGAUCGGAGGAGAGCAGAAGGUUUUGUUGAUGAAAGUUAAGGGAAAGAUUUAUGCUACUGCGCCGAAGUGCACGCAUUACGGUGCUCCAUUGAAGAACGGAGUGUUGAGCCCCGACGGUCGAUUAGUUUGUCCGUGGCAUGGUGCUUGUUUCCGUGUCGAUACCGGUGAUAUUGAAGACGCUCCCGCUCUUGACGCGUUGAAAACUUACCCCGUCACCAUCAAGGACAACGAGAUCUUCAUCUCCGCAACACAGGAGUCCCUCACCCAGAACCAACAUCCACCGACCUUCAUCGCAAAAGGCGCCAAGGAUCCCAGCAAGCACCUCGUCGUUGUCGGUGGUGGAUCUGGUGCCACAGGUGUCGUCGAGGGGUCGAGGAGCUUUGGCUACCCUGGGAAGAUUACCGUCGUUAGCAAGGAGACAUACUUGCCCAUCGACCGUACCAAGCUCUCCAAGGCUCUGAUCACGGACGAGGGCAAGGUCGCACUUCGCUCCUCUGACUUCUUCAAGGAUCUCGAUAUCGAGAUCAAACUCGGCUCCACCGUCAAGGCCGUCGAUCCAUCCGGUCACACGAUCACCCUGGAAAACGGCGAGUCCCUCUCCUACACCACCCUCGUCCUCGCGACGGGUGGUAUCCCCAAGCGUCUCCCCAUGUACGGCUUCAACGCGAGCAACGUCUAUACUCUCCGUUACAUCCAAGACGCGGACGCCAUCACCAAAGCCCUCGGUGACGCCGAGAAGGAGAAGAAGAAGGUCGUGAUCGUCGGCUCGAGCUUCAUCGGUAUGGAGCUCGCUGGCUGUAUUUCUGGUAAAGGCCACGACGUCACCGUCAUCGGGAUGGAGUCAUCUCCUCUGGAAACCAUCCUCGGUCCCAAGGUUGGCAAGUUCAUUCAGGGCCUACACACGGAAAAGGGCGUCAAAUUCGAACUCGGAAAGGAAGUAGAGAAAGCUGAGACAUCAGGCAACAAAGCCACCGCCGUACUCCUCAAAGACGGCACCUCCAUCCCCGCCGACGUCGUAAUCCUCGGUGUCGGAGUCGCCCCCGCUACCAAAUUCCUCGAAUCCUCCUCCGCGUUCAACCUUCGCAAAGAUGGCGGUGUCGAAGUAGACGAGUUCCUCCGCGUAAAGGGCGUAGAGGACGUUUACGCUAUCGGUGAUAUCGCCGCAUUCCCCUAUAUCGGACACACAGGAAAAGCCAAGGGUGACCCUAUCCGUAUCGAGCACUGGGAUGUUGCGAUGAACCACGGCCGUACCGUAGCCCGCCAUAUCUCCUCCCCAUUCUCAAAGGAAUUCCCGGAGCCGAAGCCAUUCACCAACGUUCCCUACUUCUGGUCUGCACAGGGCGUCCAAGUCCGGUAUUGUGGUAACACGCAGGGCGGGUUCGAUGAUAUCGUCUAUCAGGGUUCAUUCGAGGAUAAGAAGUGGGCGGCGUUCUAUUGUCAGGGGGAGGAGGUUGUUGCUGUUUGUAGUGUUGGCUACGAUCCAGUUGUUAGUAAGGCCGCGGAGCUGAUGAGAGUUGGAGGCAUGCCGGCGAAGAAGGAGUUGGCUGAUGGGGUUGACGUUAGGAAGGUUGAGAUUCCGCAUGGUGUAGCCGAUCUUAAAUUGGAAUAG